GAGAAAGAAAAAUCUCCAGAACCGGAGAUGAAUUUUACAACCGCAAAUCAGCAAAAAUAAAGAUACAAAAUCUGGGAUUACUUUUCUAAAAAAGAAGUGAAAACAGAAACAAAUUGAUAUGAUAUGAACCUGCAUUAUAAAUAGGUUCACGGGGAGCUGGCCGGAUCGCCCGGCGAUGGCGCGCUGUCCGUCGAGGCCGACGGGACGGGGACGGGGGUGCAGAUGGCGAGGAGCCUCCGGGACCUCGAAGAAGAAAGGGACUUGAGGAGAUUUGGCUUCUUUAGGAAAGUCUUCAAAGGAAUUAAGAAAAUCGGAAGGAGCAAGAACAUACAACGCCAGGAUAGCGAAGACUUCGAAGACUAUAGGGAAAGAGAGAGACGGGGACUUGGGAAAAAGAAACCGAAGAAGGUGAAAAAGAAAACGAAGAAGACGAAAAAGAAAACGAAGAAGGCGAAAAAGAAAACGAAGAAGACGAAAAAGAAAAAGAAGAAGACGAAAAAGAAAACGAAGAAGACGAAAAAGAAACCGAAGAAGCUGAAAAAGAAACAGAAGAAGACGAAAAAGAAAACGAAGAAGCUGAAAAAGAAACAGAAGAAGACGAAAAAGAAAACGAAGAAGCUGAAAAAGAAAACGAAGAAACUCAAAAAGAAACAGAAGAAGACGAAAAAGAAACCGAAGAAGCUGAAAAAUAAGGCAAAAGGGAAACUGACAGGAUCAGGAAUGGAACAAGAAAAUGCUAUGGAAGGUGACGGAAACGGAAAGGAAGGAGGAGGAGAACCCGCCGAAGGAGGAGAACCUACCGGAGGAGAAGAACCCGCCGGAGAAGGAGGAGCAGAACCCGCCGCAGGAGGGGAAGAACCCACCGCCGCAGGAGGUGAAGAACCCGCCACAGGAGGAGAACCCGCUGCAGGAGAAGAAGAACCCGCCGCAGGAGGGGAAGAACCCGCCGCAGGAGGGGAAGAACCCGCCGCCGCAGGAGGUGAGGAACCCGCCGCAGGAGGAGAAACCGCCGCAGGAGGAGAAGAACCCGCCGCAGGAGAAGAACCCACCGCAGGAGGAGAAGAACCCGCCGCAGGAGGAGAAGAACCCGCCGCAGGAGGAGAAGAACCCGCCGCAGGAGGUGAAGAACCCGCUGCAGGAGAAAACGCCGAGGGAGGAGGAGAGGCAAGCGAGGGCCAGGCAGCGUGAGGCAAAGAAGCAGCAGACGGCUCCAGCGAGUGCGAGAAACCGGAAGAUGACUAAAAACAUCCAUGGAGUUGGAGUAAAGCCACAGGUGCUCAACUGCCCUAACAAACUCCUGCCACCCAAACUCGACUCAGUGUGACUA